GUGGCUUUGGUAGAGCUUUUCUCCCUCCUCUGCUCUCCCCUCGCCCCCCCUUUCCCCUCCGCAGCCCGACGAUGCUGGACACCAUCAGCAGCCAGUACGACUCCUUCAUCUACUGGAGGAUGCCCAUCCCGCGGCUGGACGUGGCGGAGCUGGAGGGGCUGGGGCUAGCUGACGUGGCCCUCUACAAGCCCAAAGGAGGGUUGGGCAAGCUCACCGGCCAGCGGGACCGGGCCAGCCAGGACAUCUCCGAGGACGAGGACAGUCUGCUGCAGUUCAACAGCUUCAAUUUCUGGAGGGCUCCCAUCGCCAGCAUCAGCGCCUUAGAUUUCGAUCUAAUUUUCUGGUUCCCCACCCAAUUAAUCAACCCCUUCAAAAAUAACAACAACAAAAAAAAUGCUGCAUUCACUCAAGUGGAAGCUUUGCAUUUCCCUCGGGGGAGGUUUUCACCUGCGCUCUCUGUGGGCUGA